UCUCUUUAUGUACAAAAUAAGACGUUGAAAAAUACAUCGAUUAAGUGCGACGACGACAAACGAAAGAAAAUGAAGUGAAGUCAUAAAACAGUUUCCCAUACAGUGCGCGAAUUGAUUUCAAUGUGAUGGUGAUGUUAAAAAAACCAACCCAAACUUUUCAAUAACAGUGGGGCAGCGGAGCGCAUUGAAAAUUUCAACAAUUUCGACAAGAAAAAUCAACAACUAAAACUAGUGUAUAACUGCUAUUAACAGCAGCGCAACAACAACAACGGCAACAGCAGCCUCGAAUCGUCGUGGGUCUGACGGAGACGACGACGGUCAGUAGCAGCAGCAGCACACGAAGACGCAGAAGAAGAAGACAUAAACAGCAGCAACAACAAUAAAUAAGUAAAUAACGGUGAAAAGAACUUAAAUCAAAAUACACAAACCAAACCAAAUCAAAAAUAAAAACAAAACUGUACAGCUUCCAAAGCUGCCACUCAGCAAAAAGAUGAGUGAAAUCGCUGAUCUCUUGACGAGCAUGGCAAGCACCUUCAAUAGCGACUGUGCCACCAGCACAGCGGAAGGUGGCACAUUGCUCAAUAGGGAACUGGCCGAGGAUAAGACGGUUAAAUGGCGUAAUUUGGCCAAUAAUCAGUUUGCAUGCAAGGAUAAGGAGAAGAAACAACAGACCAGCAAUAAUAACAACAACAGUAGCAGUAACAAUGCAAGCAGCAGCAACAUCAACAACAACAACAACAAAUGCGAAGACGAAGCAACUGCAAAAGCUGCUGUUGUGGUUUGUGUGGAGUCAAAGGCGGAGGUGGGGGCGGAGCUGGACACAAAACAAACAACAGUCGAUGCUCAGCCACAAGACACGCAAAAUGACGCAACAGUUACAACAACAACAAACGCAGCAGUCGCUGCAGCAGUGCAGUUAGACAAAGCUAAAGACUUGGAGCAAGACAUUAAUAUAACAAAUAAAACGACAGAGCAAAGCACUACCAGCAAAAGCGGCAAGGAUAAUUUAAAGGAUGAGAUUUUAUCUGCAACUGACAGCAACGUUGCUGCCGUAGAGAAUAAAGCAGAAGACGAAAAAGAUGUCAAGCUAAAGGCAGCCACUGCAGGCACAACUGAGACAGCGGAUGAGUUGUCGCUUCAAGGACAGACGAGCAGCGAAGGUGGCGCGAACGCAACAGCAAGUGCAGAAACUAAAUCAACUGUGCUUGCGAUGCCAGCGCUAGCAACGACGCCGACGCCGACAUCAGCAGAACCAAUAGAGACUUCAGAAGCAACUGCGAAAGCAACAGAAAAGCCGACAGAGACGACAGCGGCCGACGAUGCCAAGCAAACAGCCGAAGCAGAAUCAACAAUAGCAACAGCAACAACAGCAGCAGGAGUCGAUGGGGAUGGCAGCGAUGACAACGCUGCUGCCACAACAAAAACAAGUCAUUCCCUAGUUAAAUUGGAGCAGGAAACGGAAGCAACUUUGCCCAAUGCAGCUGCUGCUGCUGAUGCGGCAGGAGCACCAGCAACAACAACAGUUGCAACAAGCACUGAAGGCAUUAAGACUGAGAAGGAGUUGCCAGAGGAAGAGCAGCAGCACAAGCAGGAAGAGAAAAAGCAAACACAGCAGGAAGAGCAGCAGGUGAGAGUGAAUGAGCAGACGUUGACGCUGACCACAACAGACAACAACAACGUCAAGUCGACUUUAGCAGCAGCAGCAGCAGCAUCAGCCGCCUUAACAGCAGCAAUACCAGAGCUGGCUCCACUUGUUGUCAACUCUGUCGCUGGCGGCGCUGACGCAACAGAUUCCAACGACGACAUCGCCGCAACAGCAGCAAACGCAGCCGCAGCCGAAUGUGCUGAUAAAAAUGAACAAAACACUGCCGCCAAUUCGCGACGUCUGCGCCGCACGCCCAGACCAACGGACACGACGACACCCACACCAACAGCUACAGCAUCGCCCACUCCGACUACUCAGCCGCAACAGGAGACAGAACGUGCCCAAAGUGUAAAUAAAGUAGAAAGUCUGCCGGGGGAAACCAGCGAGGCAGUUGAUGUCAAAAAAGAGCCAGAAAAAGGGUCCGGUACCACAAAUAAUAGCAGUGGUUCCGAUGAUGUGGCUGGUGGUCCAACAGCGACAGCAACAUCGCCACCUCCAGCCCCAAAACGAGGUCGUGGUCGUACCAAGAAAAUCAAAAUGGAUGCUGAUCAGACGAAUGUUGAGUCCAGUUGCUCCGAGGCAGUCCCAACAACCGAAGAGCCGGCAGAGUCAUCAUCACCUCCAGCUGUAGAGCGUAAAGUGGGGCGGAAGCGCAAGCAACCGGAAGAGGACGUCAGCCAGCAAUUGGGCGACGUUGUAGUGAAGACGGAGACUGACGAGGAUGCGGCCACGCCCAAAGAUGAUCCCAAGAAAAUGCGACGCAGUGUGCGUCUGGGAAAUAAAGAUCAUUUCAAACCAGUGGACGGACAUGGUUGGGAAGAGCUUAAGACGGAAAAGGAGCCGCUGGCCACAGUGGCUGGCACUGUCGCAGAUCUUGCUAAUACUGAGCUGACAUCCACAGUAAUACUCCCACGUGGUGGUGCCACGACCGUGCUAGACGAGAAGACGCCACCAAAGAAGCGUGGACGCAAGGCCAAGAUACCAGCAACGGUGACAACGACGGCGGCAACAGCAACGGUGACUAUGACGGUGUCAGCGGCAGCUCUGACCAAGACGGAAGUAGUUCAGGCGAUACCCAGCAAGCACAGUCUGACCCCCACUGGCAACAGUCCACUGUCAAAUGGCAGCAAACGGGUAACAACCAGUGGUGCCGAAGCGGUGCAGCUGCCUAAACGCUCAAAGCGACGCAUAAAGCCCACGCCCAAAAUACUUGCAAACGACGAACUGCGCUGCGAAUUCGAAACAAAGCACAUUGAGCGGAUGACACAUUGGGAGGCUGCAGGCACUCCUGGGAGCAGUGGCAACAUGGGCGAUGGACACUUUGAGACGCCGCCACAACAUCCAUGCGGCGGGAAUUCCAGCUCCUCAACAUCGCGCCAAAAGAGCGAGAGGUCUGAUGGCAGCGGUGUCGAUAGCCAGCAUCCAGCCGGCAGCAAUGCUAUCAAGAAGCGUCUCUUCAAGUCGUCACGUGACAUCAAGAAUUCGGACGCUGCGCUGUGGGCAAAGAGCCAGAUACCACCGUGUCCCGACGUCGAUGAGUUUCUCAGCGAAAUCAAGGCGUCCAAGCUUAAUGCCAAUCGCUCACCGGAGGAGCGCAAACUUAACAAGAAACAACUGCGCAAGCUGGCCAAACAGAAGGAGAAACAUCUAAAGCAUUUGGGACUGCAGCGCAAUAACAGCGGCGAGGCCAGCGACAAUGAUAGCUCCAAUACGGACAACGAGGAGUUUGUGCCCACUAUUCGCGUGCAUGUGGGCAAGCCCAGCGUCACGUUGCGUCUGCGCAAUACCAGCAAGGAGACCUCAUCAACCAUGACAACGGCCACACAACCAAAGACCGCAUUAGCCCCGCCGCAGCCAGCAGCGCCCAAAGUGCCGCGUCGUGUAGGCGCAGGCGUUGGCCGCCCACCCAAAUACGUGGAUGUGGCAGCUUCGGAGCCAUCGGCCACCGUGGACCACUCCCAGCUGCAUUCGUUGAACAGCACAAUUCUGGCAGCUGCUGGUGGCGAAGCCGCCGCCACAUUGCCAAAUGUCAGCAGCAAGAGUGGCGCCACCAAAUUCAUUUGUCUGUGCCAGAAAAGCUCUCAAUACUACGCACGCAAUGCGCCCGAUGCCUCCUAUUGCUGUGCCAUCGACAACAUUGAUGAGCAGAAAAUUGGGUGCUGCAACGAACUCUCCGCCGAGGUCCACAAUCUGUUGCGUCCCAGCCAGCGUGUCGGUUACAUGAUCCUUUGUGACGAGCACAAGAAGCGACUGCAAUCGCACAAUUGCUGCGCCGGUUGCGGCAUCUUCUGCACGCAGGGAAAAUUCGUGCUCUGCAAGCAACAGCAUUUCUUUCAUCCGGAUUGCGCCCAACGCUUUAUACUAAACAGCCCAUAUGAUCCACAGCAAAGCGCCAGCAGCUAUACGAGUCCAAUAUUGGUGCUCAAAUGUCCGCAUUGUGGCGUUGACACUCCGGAACGCACCUCGACAGUAACCAUGAAAUGCCAGACCCUGCCCGUGUUUCUGCCCACGCAAAAGUCAAAAAUUAAACCCGCCAAGCUGACCACUUCAGCGCAUCUCUCACAAUUCUCGGCCAGCAGCGCCAAUGGGAGUAACAAAAGCGGGAGCAAAGGCGCAGGUGGCGGUCGCAGCAAGUCCGGCAACAAGAACAAUGGCACGCGCUCCAAAGCCAGCGCCACCAGUGCCGGACACAACCAAAACAAUACCAUUAAUUUUGAGCAGCUCAUACCCGAGUCUGUGAUGAAUGUCGUGCUGCGCGGUCGAAUGGUCUCCGCCAGCGGACGCGUUACCACGGAAUUCACCUCCGGCGAUAUGUAUUAUGCCGUACAGAAUGAUGAUUUGGAACGUGUGGCCGAAAUUCUAGCUGCUGAUUACAAUGUGUUAACGCGCAUGCGCGAAUUCCAGAACGGUACCUGUCUGCAUCUCGUGGCCCAUUCGGGCACUUUGCAAAUGGCUUAUUUGCUGCUCUGCAAAGGGGCCUCUUCGCAGGACUUCAUCAACAUUGUGGACAACGAUCUGCGGACUGCGACAAUGUGCGCGGUAAUGAACGACAAAUGCGAUAUACUCAAUCUGUUUGUGCAGUGCGGCGCCGACGUAUCUAUAAAGGGUCCUGACGGCAAAACGAGUCUGCACAUUGCCGCUAAAUUGGGGAAUCUGGAAGCCACCAAACUUAUUGUGGAGAGCUAUCGGGCAUCUCGCAACAUAGCUAGCUUUUUAAGCUUCAUCGAUGCUCAGGAUGAGGGCGGCUGGACGGCUAUGGUUUGGGCAGCAGAGCUCGGACACACGGACAUUGUGAGUUUGCUACUCAACCAUGGUGCUGAUCCCAACAUCUGUGACAACGAUAACAACACGGUCCUACAUUGGUCGACGCUCCAUAACGAUGGACUGGAGACAAUAACCGUCCUCCUGCAAGCGGGUGCCGAUUGUAAUGUCCAGAACGUGGAGGGAGAUACACCUCUUCACAUUGCUUGCCGGCAUUCGGUGACGCGGAUGUGCAUCGCUCUUAUCGCCAAUGGUGCCGAUCUGAUGAUCAAGAAUAAGGCCGAACAGCUUCCCUUCGACUGCAUACCGAACGAGGAGUCCGAAUGUGGUCGUACUGUCGGCUUCAAUAUGCAAAUGCGCAGCUUUCGACCGCUUGGGCUGCGAACGCGCGUCGUCUGUGCGGAUGUAUCGAAUGGACGUGAGGUGCGUCCCAUACAGGCGGUACGCAACGAGCUGACCAUGUCGGAGCACGAAGAUGAGGCCGAUACACUCAUGUUACCGGACUUCAAGUACAUAACCAAAUGCAUUAUAUUGCAGAAUUCCGUGCAGAUCGAUAGUCGAGUCUCUCAGAUGCGAAUCUGCUCGUGCCUGGACAGCUGUAGCAGCGAUAUGUGUCAGUGUAAUGGCGCCUCCUCGCAGAAUUGGUAUACGGCCGAGAGUCGUCUGAUUUGUGAGUUCAACUACGAUGAUCCGGCGGUAAUCUUUGAGUGCAACGACGUUUGUGGCUGCAAUAAGCUCUCCUGUAAGAAUCGUGUCGUACAGAAUGGCAUACGCACUCCUCUGCAAAUUGUGGAGUGUGAAGAGUCUGUCAAGGGCUGGGGUGUGCGUGCUUUGGCCAAUGUUCCCAAAGGCACUUAUGUGGCCAACUAUGCGGGCGAAAUUCUCACGGAACAUGAGGCGGAUCGUCGAACCGACGACAGCUACUACUAUGAUUUGGACAAUGGACAUUGUAUUGAUGCCAAUUAUUAUGGCAAUGUUAGCCGUUUCUUCAAUCAUUCAUGCGAGCCAAACAUAUUGCCCGUGCGCGUUUUUUAUGAACACCAGGACUAUCGUUUUCCCAAAAUUGCCUUCUUCGCAUGCCGCGACAUCGACGCCGGCGAGGAGAUUUGCUAUGACUAUGGUGACAAAUUCUGGCGCGCCGAGCAACGUUCUGGCGGCUGUCGCUGCCUGGCACCGUCUUGCAAAUACACAACACAAACGCCAAGCAGCAAUGCCUCCCCAACAGCGUCCCUGGGCAACGAUCCCGAUGUAAUGCCAUCCAUAGGGGCAGCAGAAGGCGUGGUUCAGGCAUUUGCGUAAAAAGUAAAUUAUCUGGUAUGCGGACGCCAGCCCACCAGCAGAACCAUCACCGCAUUUCGUGUGCCAUUCAACAACACGAUCACCACUACACACAUACACACACACACACACACACACACACUAACAACACAACACAUCUUUGUGCAACAAUUUGCGAUCUGCGAUCGACGAUCUCGUUUCUAUUAGCGGCACUAAAGCGAGACGGCAGCAAAAUCGGCAGAAAACUUGGCCAAGCCAAGUCGUUUGUUGUUCCACACAUCACUCGAGAAAGAGAGGGCCAUAUUAAUAGUAUAGAAUAGACGAAAUCAAAAGCAACAACAAACGCUACGAGCUUAUUUGUUUGUUGGCGUUCGACUGCCAAAUGUUUGUUUCAUGAUUAUUUGUUAUUAUUAUUGUUUAUUUUUAUUCCAUUUUAUAAUUUUAAUUCCCAAUAUCACAUUAAUUUAACAUUUUUGUUUAAAUCAAUUUGUUUUCUAAUGCAAUGUGCAAUAUGUACAUCUGUCUGUUUUGUGUAUGUAAGUGUUGUUUGCAGAAACAGCGCCCAUAACAUCAAAUCAAAACUGAUAUAAAUAUGUAUGUAUGGAAUGUGUGUGUGCGUGUGUCAGUGCCAGAGAAAAUAGAGGAUUUUCAUAUAUGUAUGUGGGAAGAGCUACUACCUGAGAAUGUAUCUAGUCAUAAGAGUAAUUUCUAUAUAUGUAUGUAUGUAGCUUAGUACAUAAUGUACAAACUGUUAUACACGUAUUUGUAGUUAAACUUUUUAAAGACAAACAAAACACUUAUGAAACUAUUUACCGAGCUUUUGUUAACUUUUCACCUUGCUUGAAAUCAAUUAAAACGCAUGUAUGCUGAGACCCACACAUACACACACACACGCACACACCAAAAAAAGCACACAGAUGUGAGUUAAACAAUAAAUAUCAAUUGCAGUGUCAA